CCCCGGCCCGACACGCAGCGGCUCCGCCCGCCGCCCCGUUGGCGUUGGCGGGAGUGGGGCGGGGCCCGGCCGGGAGCGGCUCUGGCAGCGGCGGCGGGGCCGGCCGGGCUGCGGAGGUGCCUGCGGCCGGCGGAGCGCUGUUCUGACUGGACGUGCUUGGCAAGAUGGAGCCGCCGACCUCCUCCAGGCUGAAUUCCCGAAAGAGAAGAAAAGAUGGAUCUGGCCCCAAUGGGGCUGCGGAGCUGGAUGGAAUCCCUCCAAAAAUGUCCCGGCGCUCAUUCGGACUGAGGGAACCGGCUCCGUUUUCAGAUGAAGUGGAAAUCGAUUACAGCAAGCCAUACAUCAGAGUAACAUAUGAAGAAGCGAUGAGAGGGACCCCUUUGGAUCGCCCCGUCAGAGUUUACGCCGAUGGAAUAUUUGACUUGUUUCACUCUGGACAUGCCCGGGCCUUGAUGCAAGCAAAGAACCUCUUCCCGAACACAUACCUCAUUGUCGGAGUCUGCAGCGAUGAGCUAACCCAUAACUUCAAGGGCUUCACGGUGAUGAACGAAAAUGAGCGGUAUGAUGCUGUGCAGCACUGUCGCUACGUGGACGAAGUGGUGAGAAAUGCUCCGUGGACGCUCACCCCCGAGUUCCUUGCAGAGCACAGGAUCGACUUUGUUGCACACGAUGACAUCCCCUAUUCUUCUGCUGGCAGUGAUGAUGUUUAUAAGCAUAUAAAAGAAGCAGGCAUGUUUGCGCCAACUCAGAGGACUGAGGGGAUCUCAACAUCAGAUAUCAUCACGCGGAUCGUGCGGGACUAUGAUGUUUAUGCCAGACGGAACCUGCAGCGGGGCUACACAGCUAAAGAGCUCAACGUCAGCUUCAUAAACGAGAAGAAAUAUCACCUGCAGGAGCGCGUGGAUAAGGUGAAAAAGAGGGUGAAGGAUGUAGAGGAGAAGUCAAAGGAAUUUGUCCAGAAAGUGGAGGAGAAGAGUAUCGAUCUCAUUCAGAAGUGGGAAGAGAAGUCCCGGGAGUUCAUCGGCAAUUUCCUGGAGAUGUUUGGCCCAGAAGGUGCAUUGAAACACAUGCUGAAGGAGGGCAAGGGCCGGAUGCUGCAGGCCAUCAGCCCAAAGCAGAGUCCCAGCAGUAGCCCCACGCACGACCGCUCCCCGUCUCCCUCCUUCCGCUGGCCCUUUUCAACCAAGACUCCUCCUUCCUCACCGGCCAACCGCUCCAGGAACGAGUCUGCAGUCACCUACGACAUCAGUGAGGAUGAAGAGGAUUAAGCUACUAGCCGGGAUUUGCUGCGAACCGCUAAUCGCCGAAUCCUAAGUCCGGACCCACUGGGGAACUCUAAAUGUGCAAGAGAGCCAUAGGAACAGGGCUGACGGUGAGCACAGGGCCUUGGAGGCACCCGUUGCUCUUAGCAAGGGCUGCUGCCUGGAAGCACAUUCAAACCUCCUCUCCCUUCUCCUCCCCAAAUCCCCUUUUUAUUGUUUACGUUCUAGUGUUUUCCAGGGGGGAAAUGGUUUUUAUAUUUUAAGAAAAUACUCUUUUAAAGCGCAAAGAAUAGCACCCAAGCGUGGCUUUUGUUUUCGUUUCUUUUCCCCUGUUAUACCUCCAGGCAAGAGGGAGAGUGGGAGGACCCAUCUGUCCCUUCUUUCCUUCAGCUCCUCCGUCUUAUCCCCCCGCAACCCCAGGCAGGAUCCGUGCUGCUGCCAAACGAAAAGCCCCUCGGUUCCUCAACCAGCAUGACCUCGAGAGCACACAGGGAGCGGUGGUGUAAAGAGGUUUCUAGGAAAUAGAGACAUCUCUGCUGCGCUGGAGCUGAUAGGAAUCUGUCCAGCAGACGCUGUGGUGCUUGCGCGCCUCUUAGCUGAGCUUCCCAGCGUGUGGCAGUGAGGACGUGCUGAGGGGGGGGCUGCCGGCUUAGCACGCAGGAGUUGCACCCUGGAAGAAGUCACAGCACUGUAGGGCCACGCAUCCCAUAAGCGUGUGGCGUUCGCAGCUCCAAAUGUCUAUGGGGGCUGCAGGGGAAAGGCCUUCCCAGCUAAUCUUGACAAGACUGCUAAAUCUUGAGCUAAAAUUCCGCCCUUAGUUGCUGUUGGAGAGAAGAGAAUUAAUCUUUGCUUCGGGGCGCUUGCUCUCUGUGCGUUUCCUUGGGCGUGUGAGAGCCCAGGUAGGAAAUGAAUGUGUGUACUCCUUUGAGAAGUUCCUCGUCCCGGUCUCUGGUGUGUAAUAAGUUUUACUGUCUGUCCAAAUGGCCCCUCAACACUGUGCUCUGUGCGUGUUUGUCUGUGUUUCAGUUGCUGUGCUCUAGGGGCUGGAGCAGUCCUUCACACUGGUGCCGUGAAGUCGCUGCUAUAAGGACAAAACGUGAAUUCGUACAGCCAGUUUGGUGUCCGUGUUGGUGUGUGCAGCUGGACAGAUGAAGGGCACGUUUUACCCCAGUGAAGGGCCCCAGUCCCACGUGACAGUUACCUGCCUUGCGCAGUAAACGGACAAAUCUGUGCCCGCUUACUCCGCUCCUUGAGGCGGGCCAGAAACAGCAUCAGAGAGCGCUGCAGCUUUUUAAGAUUUUAAACAUGUAAUCUGCUCGUUUGAAACCAUGGUCGAAGUCGUGCCUGUUGUUGUGUCUGUAAUAAACACUGAGCUUUGUGGCCUGCAGUUGCCCUCCCCCUGCUGCAUGCCCGUGUACAGAGCAGCUCGGCGCGCUGUCCCAGCAGCCAGCACUGGAGGGACUGGGCUGUGUCACGUAGCCGUGAAGCUCCCACUUGCUUUUCCGUUUGGAUUUGGCUGUGAUAUCCGUUGUCUCUGGAUGGAGCUGCUGGGCUGAGUUGCCUGUAUCCUCCUGCGAUGCUGGGAGCAGAGGACAGCUCGGAGCCUGGUCAGCAACACUGCAGGGAGGUCUCCAGAGCGGGAUGCAGGGCUUGGGGAGCAGCAGGUGCAAGGAUGCUUCCAGAGGAUGCAGGGGCCGCGUGGUAGGAGCAGGCUGCCGCCUCUUUCCAGCUUUUAUCUUGCUGAUCCUUUGUCAUGCUGCCUUAAGGGCUUGACAGAGACUCUGUGCUUCUGUUGAGGCCAGAGCUGGUAUGGGAAAGGGUGCUUUGGGGAUUCCUCAUCCGCCACUUGGACCUCUCUCAGCAGGGACGUGCAUGGCUCUGGGAGUGUGGCUGGCUGCUAUGGAUUUUAAGCUGUAAGGAGCAAAUAAUAGUCACUUGGAACAAGCCAGUUGUUAAUCCCUGCUUUACAAGUGGUAGAGCACUUAACUUUAUAUCACCCACAUUUUCUCCUCCCUCAUCCUCCUCACCUUCCCUUCCUCACCCUUCCCUCAGUAUGGGUGUCGCAUUGCUUUCCCGAGCCAGAUCACAAAGGUCAGGCUGCUUUCGAGCCUUACUACUGUUUUAAACACAAGUUAUGCAACAGUGUUCUGUCAUUUUGGAUAACAAUGGUGUUUUGGAUGGUGGUUUGUUCUGCAGAGACCUUAACGUAUUUCUUGAUCUCUCUGCAAAACCUGGGGUGCUUGGUAAGAAGCCAGCCAUGGUUUUACAUGUAGCUUGGAUUAACAGAGCUGUUAUUACUAUUGUAACCAAUAAUCCCUGCUUCCUUCUUGCACUUAAAUUAAAAUGGACACUCAAAUCCCAGACUAGUCUUUUUUUCACCCCCCCCCACCUUUGUUUUUUUUGUUUCCUCCUGGAAUCCUUCACCAGCCUUAUCUCCAGUGCUGCCCUGUCCUAUCAGGAACGGGGCAGAGCUUGAUCUCUGGGCAAGACGUGUGAGCCAAGUUCUCCGGGAACUUCUUGUGUUCUGAAGUGCUGCUGCUUUGGGGCUGUCUGGCACAUCCCUCACCCAUCCCACACUCUUCAAAACAAGCGUCCAGAAGAUACAUGCUGGAAUUAAGCAUGAAGUAAGAAGUAGAGUAGAAAAAUAAAACUUUACUAUCAUGCACUGAAGAACGUGUGGAGUAUGAUGCUGCUAAAUCCAGAGGUGUCAACUCCUGCAAGGCAGCCCUACCUCGGUUCCUCUCUAGAUGUGGGGUGUGAGCCUGCUGGCAGAGGAUUUUCUCAUGGCAGAGAACAGCAGCAGCAGGGCAAAGCUGAAAAGUGCCAAGAAUGCUGGUAGAAGCAAGGCAUGAAAAGUGUGGCGCUUUAACAGCACACUGCUUAGGGUUGCAGGCAAAGGUUUUUAAUCUCUUGAGGAAAUUACGGCACACCCCUGCACUGACAUGAUUUUGUGCAUUUUAUAGAGGGUUGGGACUUAAUUGUGGGCUCCGGUUCUUGUAACUGGAGGGAGGUGCUGGAGCAGUGAAUACACUUGGCAAUAGCAGUGACUUUGGUAGGACAGAGCCUGUGUUGUGCCCCCUGCCUUCAGAGAGGGCUUCUUGCUGGUGUAAAGGGGUGAGUUUCCUACCUGCCCUCAAAUAAGGAGCUGGGUCGGGCUGUCGUACGGCAGGGGACGAGUCCCAUCAUUUGUUGCUGCUUGGCAAAAACAGGAGAUUGCUGGUCCCCAGCGCUUCUGCCGGGGCCUAGAAAGCCGUGUCGGUAAUGGCCGUGCGCUGUUGCCUGGAGUCUGUCAAAUUUGGCAAUCUCAUAACUAAUCACCAGUGCGUCUUCCGGCUGAGCAGUUUCACUUUGAACACAGCCACCUACAAAAAGCUGAGUCGCUUUUUCCCCCCUCUUCAUGGGACAGAAAACUUGGGGUUUCCCCUAAGAUGAAUCAAAUAAAUACAGAUUGGGAGCUUUGGCUUUCUGACUCUUCGCUUCCCCGACGUGUCGCACUGUUAUUACAGUGGGCGAGCGCCAGGGUGCAGGUCGGAGGAAGCUUCAGUGGUGCCCAGCAGCAGGCUCUUGUCUUAGCGCUGGUGAUCUGGCGCCUGCUGCCCCUCUCCAGCCACGCUGCAUCGCCUGGUCCUGCUGUCACCUCCAGCUCCGCAGCAGCGGCUGCCUCGAGCUGGUUCUUCCCGGUCAGCAUUUGCUCUGCUGGUUUCUCUGUAUGGGCCUUUGUGCACACCCGUGUGUCUUACUGGCUUGUUCUGGAGUUGGGUUUUUGGCUUUUAACGUUUAGCCAAAUAAAGUCAUUUUACUUGG